CCAACAAGGAGACGGACGUGCUGUGUAGAAGUACGGUAACAUGUACGCAGCAGGGAAAUACACGUUAAUUCAUCCUUAUCGGAUAUUUCAAACCUGCUGUGUAGACAUUAUUUGGUCAUAACCUUGUGGAAUAAGGAUACGAGGGGUUAUUCCCACGGGAGUGGAACGUCUCCACUAGAGCAGUCUUCUGUCUCUAACCUACGCCACGGUUCACUAACCGCUGCCGGACAACCGUCCCGUCUGCCUCAUCCCGUCACCCUGAGCUGUCAUGUCUUCCAUGCUGCUUCACGUCCUGUGGUGUCUGCUGCUGAUGGCGAGCCCCAGCCUGGCUCAAGAUGGUUCCCCGCUUGGUGUACCUCAACAGGUGGGAUUGGAGAAAGACCUGGACGCUCAGGCGCUGUUGGUCACGUGGCAGUGUGAUCGCGAGUCUUUCUUCGACAUCGAGAUAUACCGCACGGAGUUUAUGGAGGUCAUUUUUAACGAAACGGUGGAGCUGAGUUCUGGGAAGAGGUCCGGGGUCUGCCACUGGAACUGGACCUCCGUGGUGCCUCUUGAGUGCACCUCCCACUCCAUCAGGGUUCGCUCCCGCUCCCAAGACCAGCUCCGGACCAGCGGCUGGAGCGACUUCCAGACCACUGAGGGUAAGGACAUGCCAGAGAACACGGAUGCUCAGAUGUACCCGCAGGACAAGGUGGUCUUGGUGGGCAGCAGCACCACCUUCUGUUGCAUCCUGGGAGAGGGCGAAGUGCUAGAGGAAAUUCGCUACAGGUCCCGCGUCAUGACACCCACCAGGGUGAGCCGCAGGUCCUACAUCGUGACCCAGACUCUGCAGCCUCCAUCCAACUCCUCCGGGACUAAUGUGCUCUGUCUGGCCCACAACGUGUCCAAGCUGGCCAACGGCGCUGCCAUUUUUGUCGGAUACCCACCAGAUGACGAGGGGCUGAUAUGUGAAUCGCAAGACCUGGUGUCCGCUGUGUGUCAGUGGAAAGAGGGCCGCCCUACACGCCUGCUGGGCAGACGUGGCACGCGCUUCACCUUGAAUGGCCGGUCCUGCAGACCUCCUAAGGGGAGCAGGAGGUGCAGCUGGGAGCAGUGGGAGGGGAACUGGACCCUCACUGCCAAAAACCCCUUAGGAAUCAAGGAGAUCAGGGACUCAGCACCACUCAGCCAGAGAGUUUAUCCUGUGGCUCCUGGGAAUGUGAAAAUCCCGGUUCGGAAUGCUCGGAAUGCCACGCUGCAGUGGUCCUGGCGAUAUCCCUCAUACGAGGCUUUUCCACUGACGUGCCAGGUCAACCUUGCCUCCAAUGGAGACGCUGUGACAUUGAACUACUCAGGAGCAGGUCUCUCCCUGGUGUUGUUGGAGAACCUGUGGCCAUAUGAGACCUACGGGGUCCGCGUGAGAUGCGGAGCCCAAAUCCACUUCUGGAGGUGGGGGGAGUGGAGCAAGGAGAUCACCUUCCAGACCCAGAUGGACAGGCCCGAGACACCAGAUAUGUGGAUACGGAUGGACAGCCAGGAUUCUGGUCAAGUCCUGUGGAAGCCUCUGCAUAAAAGAGACAGCCACGGCACCCUGGUCCGGUACGAGGUCAGGCAAGGCAGCACGUCGGAAGAAGGAGAGCAGAGCGUGGACGUGCCAGCGAGCCAGAACAGCUCCCCCCUCAGGUUGCAGAGCGGCAACAACGGCAGCAGUAGUGAGACCCUCGUCUCUCUCCUGGCCCACAACGCAGAGUGGGCCUCGGAACCCACACAACUCACGGUCCCCAAGUUCUGGCCCGAUGUGGAUGUGACCGGGUCGGAGAUCUCCAGCCGGGAAGGAGGCUUCGACGUGUCGUGGCUCGCCUCUGGCAACGCCAGCUAUGGCUACGUGGUGGAGUGGUUCGACACCGCCUGUGGUCAACAGUGCACCGUAGACUGGAGGAAGGUGCCGGAAGGGACCACCAGCGCCAGGAUCGAGUCAGGUGACCUUGAGUCAGGGAUGCGGUACACCAUCUCUGUGUAUGGCCUCUCCGAUGAGGGCCCACAGCUGCUGGACAGGAGGCACGGCUACAUCGAGGAGAUGGUUCCUGCUGAACCUGUCGGCUCCCUGGAGGCAAGUCAGUACGAAUCCAGCGUGUCGCUGUCUUGGCAAGAAGCCCCGCUGCGCAGCCAGAGGGGAUUUGUUCGAGGAUACAAUAUUUAUCUAGCCAACGUCUCCCAGUACACCCUCUUGGCCAACAUUACAGAUCCCAGUGUGAGGAACUACACCAUCAGGAAGCUUGGCCUGGGCACCUACAAGUUCACGGUGAGGGCCUUCACCGCCGCAGGGGAGGAUGGUGGAUCCACAGUCUCCAUCAAGCUGGAGCCUUACAGUGACCUGCUGCUGUUUGAGAUGCUCAUCUCCCUGGCCGCCAUGAGUGGCUUCCUCAUCCUGGUCACGGCCUUGUGCUACAGGAAACGCCAAUGGGUGAAGAAGGCCUUCUACCCAGAGAUACCCGAGCCCAAGCUUGCUGGAGACUGGGGCUCAUCCCAGGCCACUCUGGAUGUGAAGCCGUCGCCAGUACACAGCGUGGUGCAAAUCGUGAAGAACCCCCAGUGGGACUCCAGCAAGGAGGGCCUGGUGACACUGUCCGAGGAGGACGAGGAGGACUCCGCCAGCAACUCGGGCAGUGACACAGACUCGGACGAGCCGGGCCUGCUGCGCUACUACAACCAGGUGGUGGGGGACAGGGACAGCGGUGGCCAGGGUGGGGUGCUGCGGCUCCCCGCGGACUCCUCCUCCAGCUCUGUGGGCUCGGCCGACACUGACGUCACCUAUACGGGCAUCCAGACCUCGCCCUGCACCCUGGAGCCGCCCACGCUGGCUCCCACCCAGGCAGAGGGUCCUGUCGCGGGCGUAAAUGGUGGUGGCUAUAGGCCUCAGGCCAGCGCCCCGCAGCAGCAGCAGCAGCAGCAGCAGCAACACCAGCCACCACAGCAGCUGGAGCUGCAGGGGGGAAGGGUAGACGCCGGAGAGCCCAACGUCGGCGCUCCCUCGGCGGCCUCGUUUGGUGGCUAUAAGCCCCAGUGCACCUGGAGACCGGACUCACCAGAUGAAGGGAACGGGUUCGACGUCGGAUCGGUGGGCAGCCCCACGUCCGUCAACUCAUCCCAGUUCCUCAUCCCAGACGUCUCGGAGGAUGACUCUCGCAAUGCUGGGUCAUCGUCGUCAACGGCGACCACCUCGUGGAUUCCGAGCUUCCUGUCAAGCAAGCCCUGAGGGCAACCGGUGGUGGUGUUUUCACACUGGUCACCUGCCCACCCAAAGUGUUUCUGAAUCCCAAAGACUGAAGGGGUCUUUUCCACUGAAGCUCUUGUUUGCGAGUUUGACCCUCACCUAAGCAUGUGCUAAAACUAAUCAUGUUAUGUCUACUUGUUACACUAGUCACAUGUGUUUGACGGACUCUGAGCAGCUCAAUGAGAAGAAGAAUCUAUCUGUACUACUGACACACCAUUGGCUGAGACAUUACUGGUUCUAUGGGGACGCCAAGCCGUGGGAGAGAGACUUUUCUUGGCGAACCUCUUCAAGACGCACUCCAAGUGUUACAUGUGGAUGAUAACCAAGUAUUAUUAAGUGUUGUUUGUGUCUGUGUACAGUAAUGUUUGAAUGGGGUGAAUGAAUGUGUGUGCCUUUGUUUGUGUUCACGUGUGAGAGAGAAAAGUCAUUUUAAUAAGCUGAAACAGGAAAAACACUUCCGAUAUUUUGGUCAACAGAUGUAUAAUGUGCGGUUAGAUGUUACACACUGCUACUACUACUACACUCGGACACAUUGUGUUCCUCAGUAAUUUUUCUAACGGUUAAACUCUGCCGAGCUCACGGUUCAACACCUUAUUUCACGUAAUGCCUUUUAUUGUUAAUGCUGCCAACGGAAUGCACUUUCACAACAACCCUUUUGUGUCCUAACAGUCAUACAAAUAUUAUCCAGGGUAUGGAUUCUACUGGUCUUGAGAAAGGGAUUGGUCCUGGACAGAAAAAGAUAAGAACUUCCAAAGAUUUGUAGGAGACAAGUUUGAAAGAUUUUGAAACACACUUUCACCAUCUGAAAUGAAACCCAAAAUUAUUGAUAUGCUUGCCAUUUUAUCAGAAGAAAUCAAAGCCUUUGGUUGUAAAUACAUUUGUGUUUUUUUAUCUAUAUAUACUGUUGCUCUGUAAACAUUGUACAGCCAACAGUGGUAAAGAGGGUGCAUUGUCCGGGGCAGUUUAUGUAGGCCGAGAAAAAAAAGACACAUCACAACGUUGUGUGAAUGUCAAACUCGGCAGGCUAGCAGGAAAGGGUUUUUGCAACACUACAAAAGUGAGAGAUAUCACAGUAGAUAAGGCAGGCUAUGUUCUGGGUGGUGAGACUUCUGUGAAAGAUACUCUUUAUGAUAUGACACGAGGCCACAUAGAUUAUAUUUCCUCAGCUGCUGUUUUGGCCACUGUCCACACUAGCAGCAGUGCCGUAGUCAUUUCUCAGGUUAAGGAAUCGUACGACUUGCAUUAAAAGAACAGUCCACUAUUUUUGGAAAUAUGCUCAUUUUGCACCUCACCUCAAGUUAAAUAAUUGAGUUUUACCUUUCUCCUAUUCCGGCAGAGUCUGGUGAGUUUACUUCUUAGCAUGUGUCAUUGAACCGGUCUAACUGGUCCCAUUUGGCUCCUUAAUGGAAGAAAUGAGAUCACCAGAAUCAGACAUCGCCAGGAAGACCAGGAGAACGAUAAAACUCAAUUAUUUAACUCCAGAAGAGGUAUAAAAUUAGCUUCUUGUUUUUUCUUCAAAAAUGGUGGACAGUUUAAGCUGCCUGCAUGGCAUGCGAAGAAUUAAAGUCUGGAAAAGAAGACAAUGGCGCAUCAUUGUAACAUAAUCAUCCAGUGUAGAGACUGAGUGCAUUUAGAAAAUACUGUUGUUUUAAAGCCUAAUCGUAUCAAGGUUUGCAAGCGCUACUGUGAUGUAAAUCCUAUGCAUAGACAUUCAUUUUAAAAGCAAAUUGUUCAGAGAAUAUCAGCACAGUAGGCUAUAGUUUAAGUUUUUUUUAUUUUGUGUGUGUAUGCGUGAGAGUGUAUGUGCGUGUGUUUGUGAGAGUGUGUGAGAGCAAGACAUAGUCAGGUAUAUUUUUUAAACUGUGAAAUAGGGGAUUCAAGGGUGCAAGCAGCUGUUUUGUUUUUUCCUGACAUUAAAUCCUGUUGUUGGGAUCUGUUGAAAGCCAGUCUAAGUGUGGGAGAGGUUGGCGCUACUGAGUAAAAGAAAGCAGAGCUGUAUAUAAAGCUAUUUACUGUAUGGCUCUGAAGGCAAGGCCUCCGCAGAUACAUUGGUGCCUCAACGACAGUUUAUUAAAAAAAAGAUGAACUUGCCAGUAAUGAUCUUGUUAUGACAAUUUGCUGCAUUGUUUGCUGCUUUGUAUGCAUGCAUAGCUAUGUAGUUAGCACUAUCUGCAAAUCAUUGCUUCUGUGUGGUUUAAUAUUUAUAUCAUAACUGUUCAACUAAUAACUGACAACUUGUGUAUGGUAGGCUAUUAUGACUAAAGCUAUAAUAAAUAUAAUCAUUAAAACACUGAAUA